AUGUCCGACGAGGAAAUUCUCCUUGAUAUCCGGCCGAUUGCUGGCACUUCUUGCGGAGCAGAGGUCAUCGAAUCUCAGAUCUGCACCGAGCCCAGCCCCGCCACCUUCUUCAGCUGCUACCGAUAUGCAACCGCGUCUCAGUUCUGCGCGCUGUUUGUAUCAGUAUGCUGUGCAGUGGCCGCUGGCACCGCAAUGCCUUUGGUAACUAUUGUUUUCGGGGCAUUGGCAAGUGAAUUUAUAAAUGAAGACGAGCAAACAGCAGACGAAAUUCGAGACCGAGCUCAGCAUUAUACGCUGCUAUUAGUGUAUAUCGGCGAACAGAUCACCCGCCACCUCCAACAGAGGUAUCUCUCUUCGGUGCUGCAGCAGAACAUGGCCUAUUUCGAUACGGUAGGCACAGGGGAGCUCAUGUCCCACAUAGACCAGGACAUGAAAUUGAUCCAAGCGGGCAUCUCGCACAAAGUAGGCAACGUCCUCUCAGGAAUUUCCGGCUUUGUGGUCGCCAUUAUCUGCUCGUUCCUCCAGAAUCAGCGCUUCGCGUCUAUAAUGAUAGCGCAGCCGAUCAUUCUGGUCCUCCUUGUGGGGGCAAUGGGGUUUUGGCUCAGCGUUAUGCAGAAAAUGAGUCUGGCGGAGUAUGUAAAAGCAGAUAAUUUAGCCCACGAAGUCCUCAGUGCCAUAAGGACUGUCAUUGCCUACCGAAGUCAGGAAAGAUAUGCUAAAAAGUACCACAAUGCCCUGUUGCGCUCUGCUGCUUUGGACUUUCGGGAACGAUUUGUUUUCGGUGUCAUUGUUGCAGGCUCUUUUACAAUUUUACAUUGGGCCAAUGGUUUGGGUGCGGACCAUCUCUUCCACCAAGGACGCUGUAGCAUUUCAGAGGCUUUGGCCAUCCUGUACGCAACUACUGUCGCUGGUGGGAUGCUAUGUCAAGCGUUGCCGUUUGUUGUCGAUAUUACCCAGGCCAAUGGAGCAGCCAGUCGAGUCUUUUCUGUUAUUGAGCGUGCUUCACCAAUCAAUCCUUUGGCAGAUACGGGGAAGGCAUACGGUCCAGUCCGAGGGGAGAUUCGCUUUGAAGACGUAAGCUUUGCAUAUCCUUCAAGACCGGAACAAACGGUCUUAAAAAAAAUCGGGUUCAAUGUGCCAGCCGGACACACUGUGGCCUUCAUUGGACCAUCUGGGUCGGGAAAGUCGACAGUCUUUGCCCUUUUAGAACGGUUGUAUCAUCCCCUCAAAGGUAGUAUCACGCUGGAUGGUGAGCUGAUUAACGAACUCAAUGUAUCAUGGCUAAGGUCUCAGAUUGGGUACGUCGCCCAAGAUGUUACUCUAUUCCGUGCGUCGAUUCACGAGAACAUUGCUUAUGGGCUUCCCAAAUCUAUCACCGAGAAACUGGACUCAUCUGCUAUCCGAAGACGAGUAGUUCAGGCUGCAGAGACAGCCCAGAUCCACUCCUUCAUCUCCAAUCUUCCUCAAGGUUACGAUACUGUAAUAGGAGCCAAUGGGUCGACUCUCUCCGGUGGACAGAGGCAAAGGCUCGCGAUUGCGCGCGCGAUUAUAUCUAAGCCAUCUAUCUUACUGUUGGAUGAGGCAACGGCAUCACUGGAUAGUCAAAGUGAAAAUGAAUUACAGGAGGCUCUCAACAAGGCUGCUGCGGGACGAACCACUAUGAUAAUUGCCCACCGGCUAUCGACAGUCCAGAAUGCCGAUACAAUUAUAGUCAUAAAAGACGGCCAGAUUGUGGAUCAAGGCUCCCACGCGGCCUUACUGAACAGGUCCGCAACGUAUCAAGAAUUAGUACGGCAGCAAGCACUCCGAUCAAAUAAUAGAUUUCAGGAAACUUGCCCGGCCAGGAACCCCGAAGACGAGUCUAAGCACAGUUUGGUUAACAUCGGUGCUAUAAGAACGCUAGAAAAUGCUCCACUGCCAAAAUCGCCAUCUAGGAACAGUGUCAAACUUGUUUGGCAGUUGAAUAAGCCAGAGCUGUCGUACAUUAUCCCAGGCGUUGUUCUCAGCGUCUUAGCUGGAAUGACAUAUCCCGUCCAAGCGAUUUUUUUUGGAAACGGGAUCAUGUCAAUUGUUAGUCCUACUCGGAGUACUGGUGGACACAAUGCUCACUUCUGGGCUCGGAUGUAUCUUAUUCAUGGUAUUGUUGUCUUCGUGGUAUACUGUGUACGAGGCUACUGCUUUGCCGUGUCCGCGUCUGAAUUGCAUCUCCGAGCCCGCUCACGUUUGUUCAAGGCGUUGCUUCUGAAGAACCUACCCUUCUUCGAGGACAAAAACCACUCGGUUGGGGCCUUGGUGAGCUUUCUCUCCUCAAGAACUCAGAAGAUAACUGGUGUCUCUGGAACGUCACUAGGACUGUUGGUCGAAAGUAUCGUAAUGCUCAUGACGGGGGUUACAGUUGGAUGUAUCUUUGGAUGGAAGCUCGGUGUCGCUGCAACAGCUACAGUCCCGUUAAUAGCAAUGUCCAGCUUCCUACAGUAUUACAUUGAGGCGCAGGUACAGAAGUACGUCAAGCGCGACACCAAUGCUGUGUCCGUUGCACAAGAGGCAUUCUCGGCCUUCAAAACCGUGACAGUGCUCGGCUUGCACAGCAACAUGAUCGAGUCCUUUCAACGGGAAAGUCGCCGGGAUAAUAAAGCCGGGUACUGGGUCAAGUCUGCUGCCAUGUACGCGUGCACUACAUCGUUGCGUAUAUUAAGUAUUGCCUUUGUAUUCUGGCAUGGCGGCACCCAUCUGAUCGCAACGGGCGAGUACACCAUUCAGCAAUUUUUCAUAUGCUUUGCAGCUACGGUUUGGGGAUCUCAGUCUGCAGCUGCCCUCUUUGCACAUGCACCAGACAUUGCCGGCGCUCAUUCUGCUGCUACUCAAUUGAAGGAACUUAUUCAACCCUGUGAUGAUUCACCAGCACACGGCAAACAGGACCACAACCACGUCUCCACCUCCGUGCCACGCAUGACCGAAGACCUUGCAUUACAGCGCAUUAGAUUCAGAUAUCCAACUGGUCCCGCUCAACUGACACUAGACGAUAUCACUUUCCACGCCCCCGCAGGAUCCUUCAUUGCCCUCGUCGGGACGACAGGUAGCGGCAAAAGCUCGGUGAUUAAUCUGAUCGAGCGCUUCUACAAUGCUCAGUCUGGCGACAUCACUCUAGGGAAUAGGGCAAUUGAAGAUUAUGACCUGCACAGCUAUCGAGGGUACCUAGUUCUGGUCGACCAGAACGCUUGUUUGGUUGGUGAAGAUCUGCGCGAGUGCCUGCAGAGUGAUGAACGGGUCGUUUCCGACGAGGAGAUGCUGAUUGCUUUGGGGAAUGUUGGACUGGCAGAUUUUGUGCUAUCCCUCCCUCAAGGGCUCAACACUCCUAUCCUCGCUAACGGAUCGACUCUUUCUGGGGGACAGCGCCAGCGCAUGGCCAUCGCUAAGGCUCUUUUAUGGAGGCCGAAAAUUCUUCUACUCGAUGAAGCAACCUCAGCACUAGACAGUGCCUCGGAGCAAGUAGCCCAAGAAGCGCUCCAACGCGCAAUGAAAGGCCAAACUACCAUUGCCGUUGCCCAUCGACUUAAGACAGUUAUCGAUGCCAAUGUGAUUUUGGUCUUGGACCAUGGACGAGUCAUCGAGAGAGGGAGUCAUCAUGAGUUGAUGAAGCGAGGUGGGAAAUACUAUCACAUGGCUAAGUUACAGCAGUUGAAUGGGGAAGUCGUUUAG